AUGCCCGCAGAGCCCACGCCUACCCGCGUCCGCAGGCGUGCCACAGAAGCAUGCACAUUCUGCCGCAAGAGAAAAGUGAGACUCCUACCCCUCCCUUACCCCAGUUCCCCUCACUGUAACGGUCAGAAGCCAAAGUGUAUCAACUGUCAGACAUACGAGAAGGACUGCGUCUACGAGCCCGUCCCCGAUGUCACCAAAGCAGCAGGCCGACAGCGCCAUCAGCGCACAAAGACCCGUAGCGUCAAAGCACGCACGGAAUCACCCGCUCGUCAGACCAGCGCCCCCGCAGCCUCGUCAAAUGGCGAUAGCAGUGAAGCAGCGAGUAGUAGUCAGCAGGCAGUAGCAACAACACGCGAUGGAGCAGCAGCGGCACAACCUCGCCAUCAAUCGUGGGAUCCUUCACCGCGGCCCAUGGAUUCAGGCGUCGCGAGAGUCGUUGUCCUUGCGAACGGUGAAUCAACGUACCAUGGACGCACGAGCGCCUUGUUUGAGGAUAAUGCGCAGGAGAGACCUGUUGAGCAGGAGGUGCAGCCGCGGAUGCCGGAUCAUUGGGUAGAGCGUGGUCUUAUCGCUGAGGCAGCUAAGCAGCGGCAACUGGAGGAGAUCCAUUUCGCUAAGGGGCAGCUUGACUUUGACGGCGUCGAUCCCGACCUGGGGAUGCAUCUCCUCUCACUACACUGGAACCGUCAACACCACUCAUUCCUCAUCACGUACCGUCCCGCCUUCAUGCGGGACAUGGCAUGCGGCGGGCCGUACUUCUCCAAGCUGCUUCUCAACGCUAUAUACUUUGGCUCCUCAAAGUUCAGUCCAAGACUUGAAGUUCGAAAGGACGUUAACGAUGUUCGGACUGCGGGAUGGCGGUAUCGUGAGAGGGCGCUGCUUGUCAUGACGAAUUCGCUGUUUGCGCUGGGUGAUGAGAGGAGUGCGGCGUGGUUGUAUGCUGGGCUGGCGUUUCGUAUGCUCAUUGAUUUGGGACUUCAUGUUGACUUGACGAAUUCGCAUCAGUUCUCUGAUGAGGAUCUUGAGAUACGACGGCGUGUUUUCUGGGGAGCUUUCGUGGUCGAUAAGAUUCAGAGUCUGUAUCAAGGCCGGCCCGUCACUCUCAAGGAGAACGACGCCAUGGUUCCGAUAAAGUUCAUCGAUACAUACUCUGAGCUUGAAUUCUGGCAACCUUUUGCGUACUCGACGUCAAAGAACAACUACGCUGGUUCACCUGCUUACAGCAUCUCGACAUUCACUGCGCUCUGCAAGUUGUCUAUCGUCAUGAGCGAUGUCAUGAGCACAAUAUACACCGUCCGAACAACAGAUCAGAGUCCUGCGGAGCUGUCGAAAGUGUUGGAUAAGCUGCAGAAGAAGUUACGUGAUUGGCAUACCGCUCUCCCGGAUCAUCUCAAGCCUGAGGUGGCGAAUGCACCUGAUGCUACAGUUCCUCCACCUCACGUUCUCAGUCUUCACGCCAUGUACCACGUCCUCGUCAUUCUUCUGCACCGCCCCUUCGUCGCAGACGGCCAUCUCUACAACACUUUCCGUUCCAUAUCCGUCGACUCAGUAAUUAAAUGCUCAGCCGCCGCCUCCAGCAUCUGCAGUCUUCUACGCGCCUACCAUCGCGCAUUCUCCGUCCGUCGCGCUCCAUACCUAAUCUCCUACGCAACCUACGUCGCCGCGACAAUCCACUGCCGCAUCGCCGCCAAAAACGGCAAAGGCUCAGCUGCCUACGUCAACCUCAUGACAUGUCUCGCCGUGUUCAAAGAAAACCAAGAGACUAAUUCCGCAGUGCAAAAAGCCGCUGUUAUUAUCCAUAGGCUCAUGAGCAAGUACGGCGUUGUGGUUGAUGAUUUACCCGAUGACGCGCUCGAGGCUGAACCGGCGGCCAAGUCGCGUGAUCAACAGCCUCAGCAACAACAGCAGCAGCAGCGGGUACAAGCGCAAAUUGGGUAUGAAGGGUUGGAGAAUACAGGGAGCGCACAGACGGAAACAUCGCCGAAUCAGGAAAUGCAUCCAGUCGAACUGAGCGGUAGCGCGGUGCCGUCACCGGGAUCAGACUGGAUCAACAUCGAUGGCAUCAUACAGAGCUUCCUGCGCGAGGGCGACUUCAACGCCGGGGGCAGCGAGCCAACCAUGUACGGCCAAUACCCCCAGAAAAUACCUCAGGUCGACGGGGAGCACUAUCUCCACACAUCGACAGGUCAACAGCCUGUUUACUUCCCCCAGGGGUUUCCCGCGGGAGGUUUGAGCAGUUUUGCUGCUGCUCCCGUGCCUGGGGCUGGGGACAUUGAGGGUGGGAAUUCAUGGCAGCAGACGAGUUUCUGGCCGGCGAAUCAAGAUGCAGCGUUUUUGGAGGAUCCGAUCUUUGGGUUUAAUGGGUCGAGUACGGGUGAGUUUCAAUUCACGGGGAGAUGA